AUGGAAGCGACGGAAUCACCCAUUCAUCUAUUGCCAACCAGCACCACCAGCAGAAAGCACUGGAGAAAGCUGCUGGUUCUGCUGAGUUUGGUGAUACAGGCAUUUGUCGUGCUGCGUCACUUUGACCAAUAUCAUCUCUUUGGCGACAGUUUCGAUGUCGAUCAUUACACGGCGGUCCGACGAAAUGCCCUCGCAAGCGACAACAGCAGCGAUAGCAACAAGGCUAUCAUCACCACCACCACCAAUGAAAACGAUGAUCAUGGAAUUCAAAUGGACUUGAUGGUCCCUGCGUAUCGCAAAGAUAAACGACUGGUACAAUUCGCGGCAGAUGUGGGCAAGGCCAUUGCCGACUAUAACAAGCAACAACAGAAACAACAACAAGCAACAUCGAUUCAAACGUUUCGCGUAUUGGUGACUCGAUUCUCGGACAGUGAAAAGGCCAACAGUCACAAGCUACAGCGACUCAUUGCGGCACAUACGGAUCUUCCAAAAGAAAAUAUCGUCAUGGUGCAUGCUCCCGACGGUACCUCCUUUUCCAGAGCCAAGGCACUCAAUCUACUGCAUCAAGCCGCCUGUCAUUUGGAAACCUGCAUGGUAUCGCGAGUCGAUGUGGAUAUGCUGGUUAGGGCGGAAUUUUUUCAGCAUUCGGUCGAAACCAUUAUACUCAAGCAAUACCCCUCCGAUGACCCCAAGUACGAGCCAUCCUGGGAUACCGACCAAGCAGAUCCAAAAUCAAAAAGUUAUCCUCCGGCCUAUUUUCCCAUUGUGUGGAGUGAAUACAAUCCAUUCUCGGUCCAGUUGGUGGAGGAAGCCUAUCACCAACUGGGGAAAUCGAAACCUUCCAAAUACUCUCAACAUCGCGGACAUUGGAGAUACUAUGGAACCGGCAUGUAUGUUCUGGCAGGACCCGAUGCCAAGACUCUAAAAUUCAAUACCAGCUAUCAAGGAUGGGGAGAAGAAGACUCUGAUUUCUACCGACGUACCAAGCGCACCAGACGCAUUGUACGACAGUUGGAAUCAGGGUUGGUGCAUGUGUGGCAUGGCAAGAAAUGUCGCAUGGGCGCCGAUGUCAAGACCAAGGAGCAAAUGAUCAUGUGUGAGGCUUCCAAAGCCAAACAGGAUGGUUCCAAGUUGGCAUUGAAACUACAAAAAAUUCUCUGGAGUAGUGUAAAGCAGAGUCGAGAACGGUUGGUCAAGUUGGCCGUUGCAGAGGAGCAAGAAGAAGCGAAGGUUCCCAAGACGACGACAAAGAAGAAGAAGAAGAAGAAAGCAAAGAAUGGAGCAAAAACUACCAAAAAGAAGAAGAAGAAACAGGCAAAACCACCAGCAAAGAAGAACAAUCAAGCCAGAAGAGCUUGA